UUCAAAAUGGGAUAAACCCUAUUAGUAUUACUGUAUUUGGCAUCAUCGAACGAGCCACACCGGAGAAUUAGCUUUCCCCGAGCACCUUUAAACUAUAUACAAUAUCGGACUUCUCGUUCCGUCGAUGUCGGCGACACUCCGACGCGUCAUCAUUUUCUCCUCCGCCCGUAACUUAUCUCUGCCGUGUAUUUCCUCCUCCGCCGUGAAUCGCCUAUCUCUAUCUUUCUCGUCUUUUGAUUCUCCGGCGGAAACACACACCCCCCCUUCCCGGACUCGAACCCGAACUCCACUCGAGACUCAAUUCGAAACAUGGAUCCAGAAUCUGAAACCAGGAUUCACAAACUCCGACGUCGUAACGGCGUUACGAGCCCAAUCCGAUCCAGAUCUGGCUCUCGACAUCUUCCGAUGGACAGCUCAGCAACGAGGAUACAAACACAACCACGAAGCUUACCACGCCAUGAUCAAACAAGCAAUCACCGGAAAACGAAACAAAUUCGUCGAAACCUUAAUGGAAGAAGUAAUCGCCGGCGCUUGUGAAACGAGUGUUCCUCUCUACAAUUGCAUCAUCAGAUUCUGCUGUGGUCGUAAGUUUCUCUUCAACAGAGCUUUCGAUGUUUAUAACAAGAUGCUUCGAUCUGAUUACUCGAAACCUGAUCUUGAGACUUAUACUCUGCUUCUUAGCUCAUUGCUCAAGAGAUUCAACAAAUUGAAUGUGUGUUAUGUGUAUCUUCACGCUGUUAGAUCGCUCACUAAGCAGAUGAAGUCGAACGGUGUGAUUCCAGAUACGUAUGUGUUGAAUAUGAUCAUCAAGGCUUAUGCAAAGUGUCUUGAGGUAGAUGAAGCUAUUAGGGUGUUUCGUGAGAUGGCUCUGUAUGGCUCUGAGCCUAAUGCUUAUACUUAUAGUUACUUAAUUAAGGGGCUUUGUGAGAAAGAAAGGCUUGGACAGGGUUUAGGAUUUUACAAGGAGAUGAGGAGUAAAGGGAUGGUUCCGAAUGGGAGUUGUUAUAUGGUUUUGAUUUGUAGUCUUUCCAUGGAGAGGAGAUUGAGUGAAGCGGUUGAGGUUGUGUAUGACAUGUUGGCGAAUUCCUUGUCUCCGGAUAUGUUGACUUAUAAUACUGUUUUGUCAGAGUUGUGUAGGGGAGGUAGAGGGGAUGAAGCUCUUGAGCUGGUUGAAGAAUGGAAGAAACGGGAUCCGGUGAUGGGUGAAAGGAACUACAGAACAUUGAUGGACGAAGUGUAUUUUCUGAACAAGGGAUGAUUGAAUAGGUUCUGUUCUGAUCAUCUGAAUGGCGACCAAUCCGCUGAGCUCUUGUAAUUCGAAAAACGGCUAAAAGAUGGAUCACUGCGGUUAAGAGUGUUGAAUCAUAGGGAUGGGAACACUGCUGUUAAGACUUGAGGUAUGAUCGGGUAGAGAUAUCCUGCGGUUUCUAUUGUUUGAAUGAUUUGAGAUGUCAUUAUCUUGUAACCUUUUAUAAGAAUGAUGCUAUAUGAAUCUUUCUCCUGAAGGAUAUAUCAAAUGGUUACUGAUAUGUAAUCCAAAAGCUGUACAACAUUUGUUGAUUUAUAAAUGCUCUUUCCGUUUAUCAUUA